AUGAAAAUUUUCAAAUCUCUUUUUUUGUUGAAAAAUGAAAUUAAACUUAUCAAAUUAAAAUAUUUUCGGAUUGCAAAAAUUGAACGACCAUGUGAUAUUCCGGAUAUGGGUUUACUUGCUGAUUUAACAUGGGCUGAUCCUGAUGCAGCUGUAGAAGGUUAUGAAGAAAGUCCACGUGGUGCAGCAAGUGUAUUUGGUAAAGAUGCGCUAAAAGCAUUUUGUGAACAACUUGGACUGGAUCUUAUUGUUCGAGCGCAUCAGGUUGUUCAAGAAGGUUAUGAAUUUUUUGAUAAUCGCCGGUUGGUUACAAUAUUUUCGGCUCCAAAUUAUUGUGCUCAAUUUAAUAAUGCUGCAUGUGUGAUGAAAAUCUCAGAAGAUAUGGUAAUUUUUUUCGUUAUCACAAAUAAAUUCAAUGAGUGA